AUGGACCGGAAAACACUAGCAAUCUGGACGUUUUCCUCCAGCUCUGUGCUGCAGAGUCAGAGAGCCACAUGUUUUGAAUGUGCCACCCUGCUGUGCAGCCUGCUGCUCGGGGCCCACUACGACGUUUACUGUGUCAGCGGCUACGCUGUCAAAGAGAUGUGUCUGCUGGACCAGAGUCUGCAGGAGUGCCCCCUGCUGGACACAGAGGUCAAGAGUGUGAUCUCAGAGCAGGAGCCGCAGGAGAACAAAUACACAGUGAAACCUCUGAGGGAGCUGAAGAGUAACUUUGUGACGCAGCAGGAGAAGAAGAAACAGGAUGCAGAGGCUGCGAGGUUUCAGAAACACAAACUACAGGAGAGUGAGCAGCGACCUGCUGACCCCCUGCGAGGACUGCGGGUGCACUGCUGGGUGCUGGUGCUGUCAGGGAGUCGGAGCGUCCAGGAGAACUUCUUCAUCGACCCGCUGACCGGGAACAGCUACACCACUGACAAUGACAACUUCCUGGGCAUCGAGAGCGUGUGGAACAAUCUCAACUACUACGUCAACAUGCAGGACUGCAGGAACGGCUGCGCUGAUAUGGUGUAUGACCUGGAAGACUUAAAGAUAUGGGAGCCAGUCCUGUUCGGUGCAACCUACAAAAAGCAGCUGAUUCUUGAUGUGUUGAAGAAAAAGGAGAGUAAGCUGAUGAGCAAAAUCACCAAUGAUGUGGAGGAGGAGGAGCAGCCCCGAGCUUUUGAGAUGCCACGAUCCUGGGUCAGUGACAUCCCGAUCUCAAAACAAGACCUGGAGACCUGCUGGCCGGGAACACAGAAGGUGACCCAGUACAGAAAAGCAAAGCUGGAGAAGUUUGCACCGAACCUGAUGUCAGACGGGCUGAUCACACGACUGACUACAUACAAAGACCUGAACUGCACUGAUGUCGUCAUGGUGAAGGAGUGGUAUCAGCACAGUCACCAUUGUGUUGCCGCGUUCAGCCAAAGAUACAACAGAAAUGUGUUGAGAUGAACAUCUUUGAGAUCAUUACUUUAAGAGCGUCUGGAUGCGGAGGAGCAGCGGUGGCUGCAGGAGAAGGAGAAGGACAUCCUGGCUCCUCUCCUCAUUCGGCUGGACAACACAGAGACUCUGAGCGCCGAAGACGCCAAGCAGCUCCACCAGGACUGUUUGGCCGAGUUUAAACAGAGACUGGUGGAGCACGCCGACCUCAUUCAGGAACGCUAUGAAAAGUUAGCAUCGCACUGGUUCCCUCGACAAAAAGCCAAAAGGCACAAGGAAGCAGCUCCUCAAAAGUACCAAACUCUUGAUUGGAAGCUGAAACGAGACCCUCGACUGGCCCCUCACCUGCUCUGCUGAGUCACCUGAAUGUUAUACAUGUGCAUACUUUCCUCUAGAGAAGGAUUUAGAAAUCCUCCUUCGCACAUGCCCAUGUGUUCGGAGCACAACAUGCUGUGCAAAUAAACCUGCAGAAGCAACUUGAUCUGGUGCAGUCGAGCUACAAAGCACAUUAAAGAUAUUUCUAUUGGAGGACUGGAGUAAAUAUAUUAUCUCUAUUAUCUGUACCCCAGGGACAGUCUCAUAUCUGAGGCAGCUGCUGUAUGAAGAGCUCGACACAUUAUUUUAUAUUCCUUUCUUCUUUAUAUAUAUAUAAGAAUAGCAAUCAGAAAAUCUAAACGAAUCAAAUGCAACAACGUCAUGAAUUGAAUUGCAGACAUUCAAUGCCUUCCAUUAUGGAUGUUUCCGAAUAGUGAGACAGGCAGCACACAUGUAUUUAUAAAUGUAUUUUAUUUCACUUCAAACAUUAAAAACUACUUGUAAAUAAAUAAAUGUUAAACAAAUGAUAGUUAAAAACAAAUUCACAGCAAUGUAUCGAUAUAAAAUAACUGACAGCUUCUUCAACAGGUCAGCGUGUUUAUUUCUCCUUAAACAUAAAACACUAUAAAUCAAUCUAAACAAGAACAAAUGAACAAAUAAAAUGAUUUAACGUUGGAAUAAUAUAUCUGUUUUUAAAAUGUAGAGCUGUACAGUUUUGUGCAGGUACAUUCUGCAAGGAAUGUGCAAAAGUUCACAGUAUAAAGAAUAAUAAAGUCUAAAUAUAUCAGAUUAUAACAUCUCGUAGGGUCGUGAAGCCUUCUUCAUUUAAAGGGGUAUAAGACACCACAUCGUUGGCCUCUAUCUCUGGAUUUC